UUAUAGAUGUGAACCACUGGCACCCAGUAAGACUCUCCGUUUUGUUUUUUUUUUUUAAGCCUCUGGCUUCUGGUGCCUUUAUGUAAAACUUUGAAGUUACUUCCUUUGGGUCCUGUAGAAUUUUGUUGAAGAUUUUAAAGCUCAAAUAAUGCUGUAUUACAACUAGAUUAUUUUAUCUGUCCUCUUACAGGACAGAUUUUAAAAAAGCCUGGGCCACAUUUUGAAAUUCAUCAGGAGAGUGCCACAGGUUAGAGCAUAGGUUAAUGGAUCAAGCUAUUGUAUCAGUCUUCACACAGCAAUCUCAGCUGGAGGAAGAGGUCACUUUUGACUUGGAUUGGAGCUUGAAAAGGAGGAAGAACAAUGGUCUCUGCCCUGUGGAAGGUCCAGAUGUGAUGGAAAUGCAUCCAGAGCCUGACAAGCCCUAGAAAACAAACAAAUCCCAAGUGACAGCAGCAUGGAUGUGUCCCAGGCCUUCCCACUGGAGCCCCUUCACGAGCCUGCAGGUGUCCCGUUGGAGACCGCACCUUGCCCUGGAAGCUUGGCUGAGAGCUUCCUGCAGGAGGAGCUUCGGCUCAAUGCACAGCUGAAGCAGCUGCAGUUUUCUGAGCCUGUGGGCAUCAUCUACAAUCCAGUGGAUUAUGCGUGGGAGCCCCAUCGAAACUAUGUGACUCGCUACUGCCAGAACCCCAAGGAAAUACUCUUCCUGGGCAUGAACCCGGGCCCUUUCGGCAUGGCCCAGACUGGGGUACCCUUUGGGGAAGUAAAUGUGGUCCGGGAUUGGUUGGGCAUUGGGGGGACUGUGUUGACCCCUCCUCAAGAACACCCAAAGCGACCAGUGCUGGGACUGGAGUGUCCCCAGUCAGAGGUGAGCGGUGCCCGAUUCUGGGGAUUUUUCCAGAACCUCUGUGUACAGCCUGAAGUCUUCUUCCACCACUGCUUUGUCCACAAUCUGUGUCCACUGCUCUUCCUGGCUCCCAGCGGCCGGAACCUCACUCCAGCUGAGCUGCCGGCCAAGCAACGGGAGCAGCUCCUCAGCCUCUGUGACGCAGCCCUCUGCCGGCAGGUGCAGCUGCUGAGGGUGCGGCUGGUGGUAGGAGUGGGGCGGCUGGCAGAACAGCGGGCACGGCGGGCUCUGGCAGGCCUGAUGCCGGAGGUCCGGGUGGAAGGGCUCUUGCACCCCUCUCCCAGAAGUCCCCAGGCCAACAAGGGCUGGGAGGCAGCAGCCAAGGAAAGACUCAGUGAUCUGGGGCUGCUGCCCCUGCUCACUAAGUGAGCACCCCUGGGGUGUGCCAUGGGCCACGCUCAAGGCCAAUAAGCCAGUUUUGCAUGGGUAGAGGAGCACACACCUGUACCAGAGCAACAAGGGCUCUUUGUGGCCAGGAGACUUGUUCUUUGGUCUCUCUCACUGUCCUCUGACAUGCCAAGGCAAUGUCUAAUGGCCUGGUAGGUAGUGGACAUCACUCCUGCUGGCCUUGCUCUGAGCAUUGCCCUGCAUCUUCCAGUGGCUGAUCUCUGGUGCAACAGUACAGGUGGGCCUUGUGCACACUGCCCUACCUCCUUGCUCCCUUUGAAGCCUCUACACAACUCAGAGUCCUAGACAGGGACUUCCAAGGCCAUACUUGCUGUUUCAGAGGAAAAACCUUUUCAUGGUUUUUAUUUUGUUUGUUUUGUAUGUGUGUGUGUAUGCACAAGUUCUUGGGCUUGA